UGCUCGUCGUGCCUGCACAGAGCUCCACGGCUGGGCUGCAGGAACUCGCUCUCUCCAAGGACGGCAAGAGAACAGGAACUGUACAUUUUGAUACACCCAAAAUGAACCGCAGCAGCUGCAAUAUCACAGUCUAUGAAGUAUUUUCACUUGUCCAGCUAUGUGUUUACAUCCCAGUUUUGGUUUUGGGCAUUGUGUUGAACGUGUUGGCACUGUGGGUGUUCUGUUGCAAACUCGGCAAAUGGACAGAAACCAGAGUAUACAUGGUCAACUUGGCUGUGGCUGACUGCUUGCUGCUCUUCACCUUGCCAUUUAAAAUUCUGUCCCAGUCCCAGCGCCUGAAGGCAGCUGGCUGGUGCCUGGUUCUGGAAGGUGGCUAUUUCCUAAACCGCUUUAUGAGCAUUGGUAUCAUCACCAUCAUCGCUGCUGAUCGCUACCUCGCAAUCAAAUACCCUUUGAGAGCCAAAGCUCUGAGGUCGCCACUGAAGGCAGCUUUUGCCUCUGGAUUCCUUUGGAUAGUCAUCAUCUGUGAGAUUUCCCUCAUUAAAAGCUUUGAGGAACGAAGAGAAACGGAGUUUUGCUUUGAAAAAUCUUCUGUGACCCCCUCGGUGAUCACGCUGUGUACCAUUAUUACCGGGUUUUUCAUACCACUGCUCAUCCUGAGUUACUGCUCCAUACAAAUCAUUGCAGAGCUCAGGAGAAAGAAGGAUGGAAGCUGUCACAAUGAAAAGCUAACCAGGAAAGCUGUCUACAUUGUGUCUGCAAACAUGGCUGUGUUCAUCAUAUGCUUUUUGCCUCUUUACCUUGGGCACCUCCUCCGCUUCGUCAUGGACUCGCUCAGCUCCAACUGCUCGGCCAUACAGAGCAUCAACAACUUUGUCCACUUCUCCUCCAUUCUGGCCAACACUAACUGCUGCCUGGAUGCCAUUUGCUACUACUUUGUCAACAAGGAAUUUAAGGAAGCAUCUUCCAAGCUAGCAAAGUCCAAAUCUGAGGCCAAUGAAGAAACUGAAAUUUAG